GUCACAUGCUGAUCCACGUGACAAGCGGCGGCUGGGGGCUCCAUCCCACGCAGAAGACAGGGCCCUCAGUGGCCCCUCGGCCCUACACCUAUCCCAGCUAACUGAAUCCUGCAGGGCUGGCAGCGGGGCGUGGGCCUGCGGGCCUCUCUUGCCCUCCCAGGAUGGACUCAUUUGAGGACAGGUUGCGGCGGCUGCGGGAGGCCUUCAACACGGGGCGGACGCGGCCGGCUGAGUUCCGGGCUGCGCAGCUGCAAGGCCUGAGCCGCUUCCUUCGAGACAACAAACAGCAGCUGCAGGAGGCGCUGGCCCAGGACCUGCGCAAGUCAGCCUUUGAGUCGGAAAUAUCUGAGAUUGCCAUCAGUCAGGCUGAGGUGGACCUGGCCCUCAGGAAUCUGCGGUCGUGGAUGAAGGAUGAGAAAGUGUCCAAGAAUCUGGCCACACAGCUGGACUCAGCCUUCAUCCGGAAGGAGCCCUUUGGCCUGGUGCUCAUCAUUGUGCCCUGGAAUUACCCCUUGAACCUGACGCUUGUGCCGCUGGUGGGGGCCAUUGCUGCAGGGAACUGUGUGGUACUCAAGCCCUCAGAGACCAGCAAGGCCAUUGAGAAGAUCCUGGCUGAGGUCCUGCCACGCUAUCUGGACCAGAGCUGCUUUGCCGUGGUGCUGGGUGGGCCUCAGGAGACCACACAGCUGCUGGAACACAGGUUCGACCACAUCUUCUUUACAGGGAACGCUUAUGUAGGCAAGAUCGUGAUGGCCGCUGCUGCCAAACACCUGACGCCCAUCACCCUGGAGCUGGGGGGUAAGAACCCCUGCUAUGUGGAUGACGACUGUGACCCCCAGACCGUGGCCAACCGUGUGGCCUGGUUCCGCUGCUUCAAUGCUGGCCAGACCUGUGUGGCCCCCGAUUACAUCCUGUGUAGCCAGGAGAUGCAGGAGCGGCUGGUGCCGGCCCUGCAGAACGCCAUCACACGUUUCUAUGGAGACAACCCACAGACCUCCCCUAACCUGGGAAGAAUCAUCAACCAGAAACAUUUCAAGCGUCUCCAGGGAUUGCUGGGCUGUGGCCGCGUGGCCAUUGGUGGCCAGAGCGAUGAAAGCGAUCUCUACAUUGCACCCACCGUGUUAGUGGACGUGCAAGAGACAGAGCCCGUGAUGCAGGAGGAGAUCUUCGGGCCCAUCCUGCCUAUGGUGACUGUGAGGAACCUGGACGCGGCCAUUGAUUUCAUCAACCGGCGCGAGAAGCCGCUGGCGCUGUAUGCCUUCUCUAAGAGAAGCCAGGUGAUUAAACAGGUCCUGGCGCGGACCAGCAGCGGGGGCUUCUGCGGGAACGAUGGCUUCAUGCACAUGACCCUGUCCAGCCUUCCUUUUGGAGGAGUGGGAUCGAGCGGGAUGGGCAGGUACCACGGCAAGUUCUCCUUCGACACCUUUUCCAACCAGCGUGCCUGUCUGCUGCGCAGCCCCAGGAUGGAGAAAAUCAACGACCUUCGUUACCCGCCCUACUCCAGGCGAAACCUCAGGGUGCUCCUGGUGGCCAUGGAGGAGAGAAGCUGCAGCUGCACACUGCUGUGAGGGGAACUGCGGCCACAGGAGCCCUCCCUGGGACACAGCCGCUGAGGAAAUGGCCUGCUAGGGCCCAGGCCACAGAGCAGGGUGCUCAGCCCUCCUCCUUCUGGGACUUCCCUUUUUGGGUCUCUUUGACUGUUCUGACUGGUGUAGGCUGAGGGUGGGAAUGUGAGGAGAGGCGCUGUGACCUGUCUCCCCCAGUGCUAGCCAUGGAAUCGGGGAGAAAACAGGCACUUCUGAACUACCCACCUUCUUGUGGAUAGUGUUUGAGGGAAUCAGUGGUAUCUGGCACAGGCCAAUCCUGUGAUGAGGCAUGUCUGGGUCCUCUGAGCCUCGGUUUUCUAGCUGUAUAAGGAGGUUGAAUUAACGACCUGUGGUCGCUGGGAGUAUUAAAGCAGGAGGGCUGACCCCAA